AAGAACUUGCAUUUGAUGUUGAAUUUGCUCGGAGACACCUGUCUUGGAAAUAAGCAGCGACACCCUGCCAGUGACGUCACCGCUUGGAGGCCAACACACAGAGAAGGUGUGUCCUGUGAGACACCGGAUCUGGCGAAAUGGCUGUUUCCAGAGACAUUAUCAUCAGUAGCGAACCAUGAGGGUCUGGAAGAGAAGCCAGAGAUGGAUGCCAUUACCUUUAGCAAAGACACGGUCCUGUCUGAUGUCCAUCUCCUCUCCCCGCGCAGAAGGCAUUUCAUGGUCAGGCUGAAUGCUGUUGGCCAAGCAGUUUUUCUAUCACAAUUUAAAAUACUUUGGAGCAAUAAUGUGUUGGAACCAGAUAGAAGAGAAAAUAGAGAAAUAAAAAAUAAAAAAAACACCAAUGUGGAAUAUUGUGAUGAAAAUUAUGAUAUUACUACUGCAGAUCCAAAGUCCAGUGCUGUUCAAGGGAGAGAGGUCUUGAUGCAUGGUUGUGAGGAUCUCAAUGUUACUCAAAGACCAUGUGAAUCUCAAGCAAUAAACAAUCUUCUGGAUGAAGAUGGAGAUCUUGAGGUUAUACGAAGACCACGUGAAUGUCAAGCAAUAGACAAUCUUCUGGAUGAAGAUGGAGAUCUUGAGGUUAUACAAAGACCAUGUGAAUCUCAAGGAAUAGACGAUCUUCUGGAUGAAGAUGGAGAUCUUGAAGUUAUACGAAGACAACCUCAAGGGAUACAAAAGGCCCUGGAUAAUGAUGGGAAUCAUACACUGAUCUCUAAUUGUGCUAGAGAAGAACAAACUUAUUCUCGGGAUGUUGUCUGUCCAACAAUUAUUACCAUAGGCAAUGGAAACUAUUCUGAUGAUGAAGAACUUGCUUCCGACAGUUGUGAUGUGGUGAAAAUUGAGCAUACCAUGGCAACACCGUUAGAAGAUGUUGGAAAGCAGAUCUGGCGUGGCGCCUUUCUCCUGGCGGAUUACAUUCUCUGGCAAAAAGAUCAGUUCAGUGGGCGCACGGUGCUGGAGCUGGGGGCUGGCACUGGCUUUUCCAGCAUCGUCACUGCAGCAGCUGCUAAGACCGUGUACUGCACAGACGUUGGGGACGACUUGCUGGAGAUGUGUGAGAGGAACGUGGCGCUAAACAGACGCAUUACAGGACUAACAGGAAGUGAAGUAAAGGUGAAGGAGUUAGACUGGCUGAAGCACUCACUAUCCUCAGAUUCAGAAGCUCAGUACGGCUGGUCAGAGGAUGAGAUAGCGGAUCUAUAUGAUCACACUACAGUCAUCUUAGCUGCAGACAUAUUUUAUGACGACGAUCUGACAGACGCCCUGUUCAAAACCUUAUACAGAAUUACCUAUAGUUUGAGAAACUCUUGCACUAUAUAUUUGUCCAUAGAGAGACGACUCAACUUCACCUUGCGGGAUCUGGACAUUACGUGCGAAGCCUACAACUAUUUCCGUAGCUGCCUAGAAAAUUUUGAAAAUAUCCAACACGGAAAAGUAAAAUGGAGAUCUGAGUUGAUCAAACCCACGUUUCCGCAGUUUUUCAGUUAUGAGCGUGUCGCACUGCUGGAAUUGUGGAAAAUUAUCUCUGAACCACUAACCUGAUGCCUGUUGUGAUGGUGAAGACUGGGGAGUAUUACCCACUAUGGACAAAUAAUUCACCCCUUAACAGUAGGAAGAGCAGCGCCCUCUGCAGGCGCCAACAUGCCGAUAUGAACAGAAAGAAAACUGCAUCCUGAGCAGAGAGAUUUUAUAAUAUUUAUAUUGUUUGGUUAUUUUAAGUGUGUUUUACAAACUCUUCUCAAGCAAUACAGACUGGCACUCAUGCUCCCUGGGAUUUACACAUUCACUGAUGUGUGGUGCUAUGGAUCAGAAAAUAUAUUCUUCUUUUCAUUGUUUUUUUAUGAAUUUUACAUCAUACACUGGGGCUAUAGGUGUUAAACGUUAUUGUAGACUAAAUUAUAUAUAUAUAGAUCUAUAGAGAGGCACCUGGUUAUUGUGCUCUGUACAAAUACCUUGCUAUAUACCGCAGUGUAUUGUUACUGCCCCAAUAUUCAAAGUAUUUACUUCUGUCAUGUUUUGCUUCAUUCUCUUGGUAUCCUUUGCUGAAGGAGUAGUAAUGCACUACUGGGAGCUAGCUGAGCAUAUCAGGCAAGCCAUUAACAAGAGACAUGUAUGUGCAGCCGCCAAUCAGCAGCUACCACCCAAUUGCUGAUCCUGAGCCUACCUAAGUAUGCUUUUCAACAAAGGAUACCAAGGAACAAAACAAAUGACCUAAAAGAAGUAUUUUAGAACGUUGUUUUAAAUUGAAUGUUCUAUCUGAAUCAUUUUUUGGGGUUCAUGUCCCUUUAAUUGCGUCCAGCAGUGAUUUAUCUGUGCACCACUCUGUUUCAUUACUUUUUUAUUUGUACUUUGUAGACUUGUCGUGUAAUCUCAUACUAAGCUGCCUUCUGAAAAUGUCUGAAAAACCUGCACAUAAAACUGCUGAAAACUGAGGGAAUUUAGAGUAAAAUAUAUUUGGUUUUUGAGUGAUGAUAAACUUUUAAUAUAUAUAUAUUAUUUUUUUGCAGUAUGGGUUUUAUACAGAGUUAAAUAUUUACUUAUUCGCAAGUAGAAAUUCUGUUUGUUGUUUGGAAAGUUUGUUGCAAUAUGUUUUGAUAAAGUAAGAUAUUGUGGAUAUAUUAAAUCUUUCUUACUCAAUACUGGGCCAGAUUAAUUGCGCUAGAAGGAAGCUUUUUGUGCUUGUCGGGUUGCGCUCAUAUUAACAGUUGAAAGUAGAAAUUAGAAUAUCACGUGCACGUUCAUGUAUUCCCCCAAGGCAAUAAAGAAAAUAAAGUGGUAAAAACUUAACACAAAGACAGAUCCGUGGCUGCAGAUCCGAGGACGGUAAUAAGAUUCCAACAGCCUUGCAAUCAAUCAGGCCAGGUGAGAGCAGAAACCGCAAUCUCCUAAUGCUGUAUACAAAUACUGCUGCACUUAAAUGCUAUAAUAAAAAUAUUUUUUCAACAUAAUUCAAUAAAAAUCUUCAUGUACACAGAGGAAAGAAAAUAUAUGUUAAACAUCUUACGCGCGCUUACUGUCCGGCUCUUACUUAAUACCCUACUCUUGCACAAACUCGAUCGCAUAUUCUCAUUUGCGCCAAUCUGAUAUGAAAAUAUGAAUAUUUCACAUUCCAAUGUUCUUCAAAUAACAGAAUAUGUUCUAUUUAUUCAUAAAUACAUAUAUCUGAUAUAUUUAUAUAUAGGUAUAUAUAUAUAUAUAUAUAUAUAUAUAUAUAUAUAUAUAUAUAUACACACACACAAAAAUAUCUAUUUAGAAAUACUUAGAACAUAUUCUGCUAUAUGAGGGACACUGGAAUGACAAAUAUUUACAGUAAAUACAUAGUAUAAUACUUUAUUAAAUAUGAAUAUUGCAUAAAUGCAAAUGGCCCCAUUGCAAUAUGUCUAUACAGGGAGUGCAGAAUUAUUAGGCAAGUUGUAUUUUUGAGGAUUAAUUUUAUUAUUGAACAACAACCAUGUUCUCAAUGAACCCAAAAAACUCAUUAAUAUCAAAGCUGAAUAGUUUUGGAAGUAGUUUUUAGUUUGUUUUAGUUAUAGCUAUUUUAGGGGGAUAUCUGUGUGUGCAGGUGACUAUUACUGUGCAUAAUUAUUAGGCAACUUAACAAAAAACAAAUAUAUACACAUUUCAAUUAUUUAUUUUUACCAGUGAAACCAAUAUAACAUCUCAACAUUCACAAAUAUACAUUUCUGACAUUCAAAAACAAAACAAAAACAAAUCAGUGACCAAUAUAGCCACCUUUCUUUGCAAGGACACUCAAAAGCCUGCCAUCCAUGGAUUCUGUCAUUGUUUUGAUCUGUUCACCAUCAGCAUUGCGUGCAGCAGCAACCACAGCCUCCCAGACACUGUUCAGAGAGGUGUACUGUUUUCCCUCCUUGUAAAUCUCACAUUUGAUGAUGGACCACAGGUUCUCAAUGGGGUUCAGAUCAGGUGAACAAGGAGGCCAUGUCAUUAGAUUCUUUUCUUUUAUACCCUUUCUUUCCAGCCACACUGUGGAGUACUUGGACGCGUGUGAUGGAGCAUUGUCCUGCAUGAAAAUCAUGUUUUUCUUGAAGGAUGCAGACAUCUUCCUGUACCACUGCUUGAAGAUGGUGUCUUCCAGAAACUGGCAGUAGGACUGGGAGUUGAGCUUGACUCCAUCCUCAACCCGAAAAGGCCCCACAAGCUCAUCUUUGAUGAUACCAGCCCAAACCAGUACUCCACCUCCACCUUGCUGGCGUCUGAGUCGGACUGGAGCUCUCUGCCCUUUACCAAUCCAUCCACGGGCCCAUUCAUCUGGCCCAUCAAGACUCACUCUCAUUUCAUCAGUCCAUAAAACCUUAGAAAAAUCAGUCUUGAGAUAUUUCUUGGCCCAGUCUUGACGUUUCAGCUUGUGUGUCUUGUUCAGUGGUGGUCGUCUUUCAGCCUUUCUUACCUUGGCCAUGUCUCUGAGUAUUGCACACCUUGUGCUUUUGGGCACUCCAGUGAUGCUGCAGCUCUGAAAUAUGGCCAAACUGGUGGCAAGUGGCAUCUUGGCAGCUGCACGCUUGACUUUUCUCAGUUUAUGGGCAGUUAUUUUGCGCCUUGGUUUUUCCACACGCUUCUUGCGACCCUGUUGACUAUUUUGAAUGAAACGCUUGAUUGUUCGAUGAUCACGCUUCAGAAGCUUUGCAAUUUUAAGAGUGCUGCAUCCCUCUGCAAGAUAUCUCACUAUUUUUUACUUUUCUGAGCCUGUCAAGUCCUUCUUUUGACCCAUUUUGCCAAAGGAAAGGAAGUUGCCUAAUAAUUAUGCACACCUGAUAUAGGGUGUUGAUGUCAUUAGACCACACCCCUUCUCAUUACAGAGAUGCACAUCACCUAAUAUGCUUAAUUGGUAGUAGGCUUUCGAGCCUAUACAGCUUGGAGUAAGACAACAUGCAUAAAGAGGAUGAUGUGGUCAAAAUACUCAUUUGCCUAAUAAUUCUGCACUCCCUGUAUAUGUGUUUAUAUGUGUAUAUAUGUCUGUAAAUACAUAUACACAUAAAUACAUAUGUCACUGUUAAAGCCCUUUGCAGCUUUUAUUUUUCUAAUUCCUGAGAUUUCAUAGCUGUGUGCAAUAUUUUUUUUAAUCAUUUUUAUUAGGUGGUGGUAUCAUGAGUAACUAUACUUUAAUGUAUUUUUGAUGUUUUUCAUGCAACUUUUAAGUUUUGCGAAACAGUUAACCAGAGCUCUGAAUUUGCGUUAAUCAUUCUAGCGUAAAUCGCGAUUGCGCUCAAUCAAUUGCAUUUACUUUCAACUUGUAAUACCAGCGGUAAGCCCAACAAGCGCAAACCCUGCUCCACCGGUGCAUCUAGUGCCAGUAUAGUGGUGGUUGGCAUAUUUACACAGCAAAGGCAUCUAAGACCUAUGUUUAAAGAGCUUUUGUUAUGCCAGUUAGAGAACUAACACCAAGUCACUGGAGGUUAAAAGCUUUACAGAAAUACAAAUUAUUGUUAAAUUUAAAGGGGUAUUAAAGUCAAUAUUUUAUGUACUUUAAAUGUAUUUUCAACAUUGCAAAAGAUCUACAUAUUAAAAUAAGUGUUUUUAAGCAUUUUUAGCAAGUUUGCGUUGGUGUUCAGUCCUAUGACACACCCACCAAUAAGAGGGGGAAUGAAACAGCGCUAAAGAUAUAUUAAAGUAAAAAACUCCAAAUAGUACUGUAAAAAUAUUUAUUAUACAAAAUAAUAAUAAAAUAAAAAAAGCAAGCUUUGCGGGAAAAUCUCUCUGCUGCGGAUUGUAGCUUGCUGAUUCCAGCGUAGAGAUUGUCCCGCAAAAGCUUAUACAGUACGAGUAUCAUUCAAUUUUAUUUUAAUAACCACCUUUUUAAAUGUGACGUUUAUUACUUGUUUAUUAUUAUUUUUUUUUUAUUUUGUAUAAUAAAUAUUUUUCAGUACUAUUUUGAGGUUUUUUUACUUCAAUAUAUUUAUUUUGUGCUGUCUCACCCCUUUUUUUAUAUUUGAGGAUAUUAUCUAGUAUUCAUUAUUUUUUAAAGAAAGCUGCUACCCUAUAGGAUAAAUCUAAUUAGCUCCUAUAGUUUUUUUCUUUUUCAGUUCUAUAGAAAAAUAUUUAUAUAACGGACUGAGAUUAAAUGAAUUCCCCUCAAAACUUUUAUUAGAAACGCUCUCCCAUAGGUAAGCCAAUAAGGGGUGUGUGUAUAUGUAUGUGUAUAAAUAUAUAUAUAUAUAUAUAUAUAUAUAUAUAUAUAUAUAUAUAUAUAUAUAUAUAUAUAUAUAUAUAUAUAUAUACAUACAUACAAAAUCCUGCUCAUAUCAGCCAAUCACUGUGCAGUAUGUAGAAGGGUCUGUAUUCUACAUUCCAUGUAUUGAACUCCAGCCUCUCUGGGGAAAGUGGAAACGCUGCAGUUUGUAGGGUUAAAUUAGAGCAAAAUAAUUGCUAGAUACAUGUGUAACAAUCAUCUCUGGGUAAAAUCAGAAUAUUUACACCCAGCAUGUGCACGUGCUGCUAAUCUUGGUGCGGAGAAAAAAGGAUAACGCAGAUUUGUAACCAACACUGUCCAGCAGCAGCAGUAUGUAGAAUGCACAGAUUGUUUAUGUCCCUUUACAUUUGUUUACAAUUUCUUCUGUAAUUCAGUGAUUGGUUGCUGAUAUAUACAAGAAGUAAUGUCCCUUUAAUAGUGUCCUCACAACAAUACACACAUAACACUAGCUUGUAUUUCAUUAAUAUUUUACUAAACAUGGUCUUAUGUCACUAUCCCCUCUAAAGAGCAUGUGGUAAUAAUGAGUCUGAGCUCUGUAUUUUCUAUUCACAGAUGUUGUCUGUUACAGUUUUAUUGCCAGUGAAACAACAGAGCAAACUACUAGCUGUCUAUGCAAAAUGCUGUUUAUUGUGCUGUGAUAUUUCUUGUAUGAGGAAGAGAAAACAAAUAAAACUUCCUAUUGCUGCUACUGAA